AUGCUCAAGACCUACGACGUUCUCAUUAUAGGAGGUGGUCCAGCAGGACUCGCCAUUGCCACUGGUCUUGCCCGACAGCUCUAUACCUCUCUGGUGCUUGACUCGGGUGUCUACCGCAACGAGCGGGCAACCCACAUGCAUAAUGUUUCCGGCUUUGACCACGUUAAUCCAGCCAUCUAUCGCGCCAAGGCAAAGCAGGACCUCCAGAAGCGAUAUGAUACGAUUGAUUUUGUGUCUGCCAAAAUCCAAACUGUCCGAAAAGUCGCCGACUUGUUCGAAGCGGUAGAUGACCAGGGAAAGACCUACCAGGGACGCAAGCUAGCGUUAGGGACAGGUGUGAGAGACGUCGUUGAGGAGCAGGUCGAGGGGUACGCGGAGUGUUGGGGGCGCAGUAUCUUUCACUGUCUCUUCUGCCAUGGCUACGAAGAACGCGGCGCAGACUCCGUCGGUGCUCUCGCUACAGGCGCUCCUCCCCCCGAGGCGCUCGCCCAUAUCGCUAUGAUGGCUAAGCGACUCUCCAAGCACGUUAAUAUUUAUACCAAUGGAAAUCCUGAGCUCAUCACCUCGACAAAGGCAAUUAUCCACAGCAAUAAGAUUGCCUACGAUGACCGGAAAAUAAUCAAGUUCGAACACCGAGACGGUUCCGAGGACAAGCCACCCUUCGUAGUGUUGCAUUUUGAAGAUGGCACCUCCAAAAAUGAAGGAUUCAUUGUGAGCCGACCCCGCGUGGAGCAGCGUGCACCAUUUGCGGGCCAACUGGGCCUGGAGAUGACGCCGGCGGGGCAUAUCAAAUUAUCAACGCCGUUCAAUGAGACGAGCUUGCCAGGUUGUGUGGCUGCUGGGGAUGCAGGUGCCCCCCCACCCAUGCAUGCAGUUGUUCAAGCUGCGCAGAUGGGAACAUUUGCUGCAGUUGGAUUGGUGGCUCAGUUGCAGAGGGAGCUAGAUGAAAAGGACCAACUGUAA